AUGGCCGAAUAUCCAGGUCAGAGCCGACAAAUCCUUUCUGAGGUUUGGAGGAACUUUGGCCGUUUUCUGGCUUUACCGAGCAGCUUAACGAGACGUCAGCACGAACCACACCUCACCACACUGCCGGCUCGAGGCUUGCGGAAACGCGCCGAUGAGCCACCAUUCCAAACGGUUUCGUGUUUCGAAGCCGAGCUUCACUAUAAUGUUCAGCUCGAAAGACUUUAUACCAGACGUCUGCAUAGCGCCCGGGAUUCUGUAGCAGAGCCGUUUCACAACGCUUCUCCUGUUGGUUCUCGCACCCAGUGGCUCACCAGCAACUCCAGU